GUUUGCACUACCUGUUCUACGGGCUGGUCGUAGCCUGAUUUACUCUUGGGUUGGGAGUGCUGCUGCUGAGAGAAAGCCUAACUAUGAGCCCCAGAGAGUGUUUUAGGCUGUUUGUGCUUUUCUCUUGGCUGCUUGUUGGUGAUGUAAAUUGUGCGAAUACCCAGAGAGGUUAUGUCCGACAUAUCCAGACAGGACAGGCCCCAAUGAUAGUCCACAAUGACAACAUAGACUAUACCAGAUGGAGUGAACCGACUUUAUUCAGAGUACCUCCAGCUGGUUACGAGACAUCAACUGUGGACAGACGGACAAGUGGCAACAUUAACUCUGCUCAAGAAGAUCAUCCAAGCCGAGUCAGCCAUUUAAAAUCUGGCUUAAACUCGGCCUCAGUUGCUCGAGGACCAAGUAAUGUGGCGUCCAGCCGCUCUGAAAACAAAACGUUCGCUUUUCCAGAUGACCAGAAGAUUAAUCACACAAAAUUUGAUUCUGCUCCAUCCCGAAUCUAUCAUGACAGAACUAAGUCAACAGAAAGUUUUCAACGUGUUGGGGUAGAGAAAGCUUCAGCAGGCUUUGGAGCCAACAACCGAAGGGCCCCCAUCUAUUCACACAGCAGUAAAGCAAGUCCAAAUAUUCACAACUUAAAGUCAAGUCUGAAGCCUGAGUCUCGAACGAUUCAUGUUUUCCCCAAAAGAUUUCAUCCCGGCAGAACAAGCUUGUUGCAACAUGUCAAACUUUGCGACGUAAAGACACAAUCUCCUGGCAGCAUUUCAGCACGAAAAGUUGACACACGGCGUACAAGGGUUUAUAGCGGUGAUGUGAUGUCUGAGGCGAAAGGAUACACCCAUGUCUGCCGGCUCAAGCCUAGUUCUGACAAAACACGGCCCCAAGCUAGUUUUACCACAGGUAGAAAGUUCUUUGGAAGAGAUUAUCCACCUGCAAAACAGAAUCAGGGCAGUUCUAGCCACGAUUCUACACGACUGGGGUUUGGUCGCGGUGUUGCGGCACCAAGUGAAAGGCAGCUGAAUUCCAGAGUAAGCCAAUUCAGCAGCCGGCAUCCUCCAUCACCGGACAGAGCGCAAAUUCGCGCCCAAGGCAAGUUUAAACCUUUCCAACGACGUCCUGCAAAUGACGCGUCUCCUGCUCACGACCAUUUUGCAGUGACAACCACACUCCCUAGUUUGAAGUCCACAGGUAUACUGGCAUUGAUUGUCACUUCAACCACUGGGGAGAGGAGCACCAAGUCUGCUUCACCAAUGCAGACAGAGGGCUGA